AUGCCCAACGUUCAUCCAGGCUCGAGUCCUCACCAUCGCCGCUAUGACGAAACCACCGAGUCAUGGGUAGAGGUCGCGUCGCAGCCGUCGUCUUCGUCGCUCUCCAGCAUCGGCGAUGAAAUAGUGACGACUGGCCUGCGAGUCGGCGGGAGCUCUUACAGCCGUCGUCGGCGCGUGCAGGCUCCCGCCAGAUCCGUGCCGCGUGUGCAGACCACCAUCCCCGUUACGGGAACGAGCAGCCAGGAUGAAUAUGACGAGAGCGACAGCGAAGAAGACCAUGUUCUGUCCAGCUCGACGGAGAACAUGCAGCCGUCGCCGGAGGAGGACAUGGAGGACUCUAAUGGGGAGUCGGACGGUGACGACGGCACGGCGCUGGGGGGAGCGCGCAAUCAGCCCGCCUUCCGACCACAACCAAAUGCGUUCUCGCAUCCACCGUUGCACCCGAGAAGCUACUCGUCCAAUGCAGCCAUGUCUUCGCAUCCCCACGGCGAGUUCACACGCCCUUCCUUCUCCCAGCGCUCGCAUACGAGAGUCCAACGUGGACCCAGCUUCAUGUCACCAUCGGUUCGGGAGGAUAACGAUGCUGCCCUCCGUGCGUCUCUUACCACCCUAUUGUCUUGUGCCGCUGCAGCUAGAGGCCUGCCUAAGAGUAAGGAGGAAGCUGAGGCGCAGCGAGCUGCGCAAACAGGAGUCGGCCCCAGCAGCCAGCCCAUGGAACUCCGCUUUGUACCCGAAACUGAGCUGGAGGAGGAAUGCGAGAAGCCUCAGUCAGCAGCUGCGGCAGCGACUACGCCCCCUGCCAAAGGCCAACCAUCUUCCUCCCCUGCCAGAUCAUCGUCGCGGACUCGCUCGCCCUCCGCGAAGGGCAAGCGGGUGGUAUCAACGGCCCGAAGCCCUCGAGCGACGAAGAAGAAGAGGACGGGAACUACAGCGGUUGUUGCAGAGGAGGCCCUCAUUUCCCCCACGCUGCUGACUUGGGUUGUCAGUGCCGGAGUCGUCGUGCUCGUAUCCGUUGUUGGCUUCGGAGCUGGCUAUGUUAUCGGACGUGAAGUAGGCCGCCAGGAAGGCUUGGCAGCCGGCGUGACCAGCGUCAAUGAUACUGCGUCUUCUGGCCGUGAUGUCAUCCGGUCAUCUGGCGGAGGCCUGAGACGCUUCAGAUGGGGCGCCGUGGGGAGAAGCAUUGUCGCUCAAGCGUAA